AUCUGAGACAAGGAACUAAACAACAGAAAGAGAGAAAGGAGAAAAACGGAAGAAGAAAGAGAUGAAAUAAGUUAAAGGAUAGAAUACUAGUUUGGGGACAUUUAUGGUAAAAGAGAAGUUCUAGAACUGUUCCUGGGUGGGUACCAAAAAGCCACAGUGAAAACAGCUUUGGUUGCAAAUCAAUGUCAUCAACCUCAAACUCAGAUCCAAACAGCAUCGGAACUUAACUACCCUUACCCAACAUAGUCUCAUUAAUUUUUUUUUCUGCCUUUUCUCUCUCUGACCUCGUUUUUGGACUUAGCUUAGUUCGGUGGUUGCGUCAUGCCAGUGUGUCUGUGACCCUCAAAACCCACCAACGAAACCGCAUGUCGGGGAGUUUUCUUCAUUCCACCGUUCGGCUGGUACCAGGUUUCCAUAGGUUGCACUUUGUUAAUUGCAGCAUUAUCUUGAAGAUAAAAAGGAAGGGAAAAUGAGGAUGAGGAACAAAUGCAGGAAACCAACCAGUUUACGAUGCAAUGCAGGGAGCAGAUGUUCAACUUCUGCUGUGGUGUUCAGCUUGUUAGGAUGCCUAUUUUUGCUUAAUUUAUAUAGCUAUAUACACUACAAAGAUAGAAAUGGUGGAGACUCUCAAUUGCGCUUGAGUCGUCAUCCCCAAUUCCGGGAGCUUCAAGAAGUGGAAGAGGAGAACAUUCAAAUCCCCCCACCAAGGGGAAAGAGGUCCCCCCGGGCAGCGAAACGCAGACCUAAAAAGAAAACCACAUUGAUUGAUGAAUUCUUGGAUGAAAAUUCCCAACUGAGGCACGUGUUUUUUCCUGGUCAUAAAAGAGCUAUAGAUCCAAUGCAGACUGCUGCAAAUGAAACAUUUUACUACUACCCUGGGAGAAUUUGGUUGGAUACUGAUGGAAAUCCUAUUCAAGCCCAUGGAGGGGGCAUUCUAUAUGAUAAAAAUUCAAGAACAUACUAUUGGUAUGGUGAAUUUAAAGAUGGGCCUACCUACCAAGUUCACAACAAAGGAGCUGCCCGGGUGGACAUUAUUGGAGUUGGUUGCUAUUCUUCUAAGGAUUUGUGGACCUGGAAACAUGAGGGGAUUGUAUUGGCAGCAGAGGAAACAAAUGAAACCCAUGAUUUGCACAAGUCUAAUGUGCUUGAGAGGCCAAAAGUGAUAUACAAUGAGAGGACCGGAAAGUAUGUGAUGUGGAUGCAUGUUGAUGAUGCCAACUAUACCAAAGCAGCUGUUGGAGUAGCAACCAGUGACACACCUGAUGGACCUUUUGAUUAUCUUGGUAGCCAAAGACCCCAUGGAUGUGAAAGCAGGGAUAUGACAGUUUUCAAAGACGAGGAUGGUGUAGCAUAUCUAAUCUACUCCUCCGAAGACAAUAGUGAACUACACAUUGGACCCCUUACCGAAGAUUAUCUCAACGUGACAUCUGUAAUGAGAAGGAUUCUUGUGGGACAGCACAGAGAAGCUCCAGCAUUGUUCAAGCAUCAGGGCACAUAUUACAUGAUCACAUCAGGCUGCACAGGAUGGGCACCAAAUGAGGCACUGGCUCAUGCAGCUGAGUCUAUUUUGGGGCCUUGGGAAACAAUUGGAAAUCCAUGCAUUGGAGGGAACAAAGUGUUUAGGCUUACAACCUUCUUUGCUCAGAGCACUUUUGUUCUUCCUUUACCUGGCUUCCCAGGCUCAUUUAUUUUCAUGGCGGAUCGGUGGAAUCCGGCUGACUUACGAGACUCGAGGUAUGUAUGGUUGCCUUUGAUUGUGGCAGGACCUGUUGAUCAGCCUCUUGAGUACAGUUUUCAGUUCCCAUUGUGGUCAAGAGUGUCUAUCUAUUGGCACAGAAAAUGGAGACUUCCUCACGGCUGGAUCGGGUUCAUAUAAUGUAGCUUCUCUUUGUACAUUGUCAUAUACAAAGAUUUCGUAUACGGUUAUAAUAUAUAUCUUGACCUGUUUCAUGUCAAGCUCCCUGCUUGAGGAAUCGGACAUAGAAACAUGUGGCUCAAUAAUAUGCUCACGUUAAUUUAGGAUUAAGUUGAGAUUAGUACGAGGGAGCGAAUGUAUACCGAGAAAGAUUAUCCACUUGAUUGGAAUUUUGCUAAUAAUGCAUUGUUGAUCAGUUGUGUCAUGACUUAUGUAAUUAAUUGUUAGCUAUGUAAAUGAUUCUUUCACGUGUGUUCUUUUAUUA